GCUCUAGGCUCAUCUGCUCAGUAAUACUUUCGCACGGAGCAGAUUCCACGCGGCUUGAGAGUGAAUUUACGACCAACUUUAUUUGCUGAUGAUGAGCCUUAUUGCAAAGACUUUGAGAGAAUUCUGAACAAGUGUCCAAUGGACAUAAUUGUACUGACAGUUGAUCGCCUGCAAAAAGCUAUUACGGAAAUUAAGAAAGAAGUUGAGGCGACUGAACAACAAUUGCGGGAGACCUUGAACAACGAGGAAUUUUUGAAACUUAAAGAAAACCUUGAUGCGCAACUGACUACCUUGAGGAAAGAUAUAGAGGAAAGAAAGAGAAAGAAAUUCUUACGGGAUACAGAAGAUUACUUAGCCAAGCGAGUCUACCGAUGGCGGGAUACCUCCGGAUAUGCACAACGGGGACCCUCCUCUCAAGGCAGGGGAGGAUACUCCUCCUCCAGCUCGGGAAGCGAGUUCCAGGUACGCCGAGACCGACGCCCCCCUUUUUUUCAGCGAAGGCGAGGACGCCAGGGAGGCCACCAUCAUCGGCGCACCAACCGGACCGGUGAUAACGAGGUCACAGGUAUUACCGAGACUUUAACCUCUGAGAAUAUUGUCAUUAACAUUUCAUCUAAAUGCUUGUCAUCUUUGGAGAUAGGGGUGUUACAAAAGGGGCUUUCAUUUUGUUCCACGGACAAAUUAGAUACUUUUCAACUGGACAUUGACUUGGAGCGAUUUUUUCGCAUGAUCCGUUUAAAAGCCCAUUUCUCCACAGAUAGACCUCAACAGGACUCCUCGGCUAGAUUUGAGGAGUCGGUGCCAUCGCCAGGAAUCCUCAAAUUGGAGGAUUUCAAUCUUAAACAAAAAAGUCAUUUUAUGCCUCCUAAAUAUUAUCAUCCUGUGGAGACUUACUGCAAUUUGGUGAAAACUGACAUUGAUAAUUUGGUAAAAGAAAUAAAGAAAGGGGACCACAGAGUCCGUGGUAACAUUUCUGUGUUAGAGAGACGAGCUUUAUCUGAUCUGGCAGCUGACCGCACCAUUACUAUAAAACCCGGUGACAAGGGAGGUUCCAUUGUCAUUAUGGAUACCACUUCAUACAAAAAAGAAGUGAUGCGGCAGCUGUCUGAUACAGAUACUUACUUACCACUUGAGAAUAAUCCUCUGGGUAAAAUCCAGAAAAAAAUCAAGUCCAUGGUAGAGAGACAUAGGGACCUUGGGAUUGAUUGAUGAAAAGAUGUGUACUUAUUUACAAAUACAGAAUCCAAUAACACCUGUAUUUUACACCUUGCCCAAGGUUCAUAAGAGUUUGGUCGAUCCCCCAGGUCGCCCUAUUGUCUCCUCCAUGGACUCUGUACUUUCCCCACUUUCUGUAUUGUUGGAGAAGAUGUUAACUCCUUUGAUCCAGAAAACUCCUGCAUUUUUAUUGGAUACCGGUGACUUUUUGAAUGUGUUGUCAGGGGUAACUAACAUAACAGGUGAAACAUGGUUAGUUACCAUUGAUGUAGUCUGUUUGUAUACUACAAUUGAACACGAUAGGGGCUGUGAUGCCACUAAAUGGAUCCUUGAUCAAAGCGAUUACAAUGAGUUACAAAUGAGUUUUUUACCAUGAGUUUUUUCUUGAUCUGUUGAAUAUUGUUCUGAGAGAGAACUAUUUUUUAUUUGAGGAUACAUACUAUUUACAAUGCAGGGGUUCGGCGAUGGGAGCGAACGUGGCCCCUCCAUAUGCAAAUGCAUAUAUGUCGCAUUUUGAACAUCAGUAUGUGUACUCACAUGAGCUUUUUAAAAAACAUGCCAUUAUUUGGCGACUAUUGACGACAUUGUAUGCAUUUGGGAGGGGCCACGUGCGACACUGGAUGAGUUUUUUUCAUUUAUUAACAACAUAAGAUCAGAAUUAAAAUUUACUAUGAUGGCUGACCAGCGACAGGUCAGUUUCUUGGAUACUCAUUCAGAAAGAUGGAAAAGGAGGCCUUUAUACAGACCUAUACCAUAAGCCUACUGAUAAAAAUAGCUUACUUCAUUAUACCAGUGCACACCCCCCUUCCAUAAAAAAAUCUAUUCCCAUUUCCCAGAAAAAAAGAAUAGAGAGGAUAGUGACGGACCCCGAAUUACGCACUGUGAGAUUUAAAGAAUUGGAGGACAAAUUUAGCAGAAGGGGUUACCCCCAAAAAUUGUUCCAACCCACCGUUACCUCCCACCCUCAUAAUGUAGAAAAACGUAACAAGCAAACUAAAAUUAUUCCAUUUAUUCGGACAUACCAUCCCCUCACAUUCAAAAUAGACAAGAUUGUAAAAAAUUACUGGAACAUACUUCAGAAGUCUUACCCCCAAAUAGAAGAAUUCAAAACCCCACCGUUGAUCUGCAACAAACGAUCUAAAAACAUCAAAGAUACCUUAAUAAGAGCAGACAUCGGGGGAAAACAAAAAAGUCGUCAAACUUUUCUUGGAACACAACGCACCGGUACAUAUCCAUGUUUGAACUGCGCCCAAUGCAGCAAUGUGAUCAAAGGUAAUCAAAUUACACACCCAUAUACCGGAAAAAAAUUCCCCAUUACCAAAUUUUUCACAUGUCAAUCUCGCAAUGUCAUAUACACAAUAAAAUGCCCGUGCGGUCUCCUAUACGUUGGGGAGACCACCCAGCGUGUAGGAGACCGCAUCAAUCGCCAUAAAUCGAGUAUCAGAUGCCAAAACCUUCUUCUUCCUAUCCCUGCACAUUUCGGAAAUAAAAAUCAUUCCAUAUCUCAAUUACAGUAUCAAGUAAUUGAUGAGGUUGUGCAACCACGGAGAGGGGGUGAUAUUAAAAAGUUGCUCAUCCAGAAAGAAGCGUUUUGGAUACACCGUUUAGGGACUCUGGAGCCGCGCGGUAUGAACCGCGAUUAUGAACUUUCACGAUUACUAUAGAUAUAUGUUGAUCUGAAUGGCAUGAGUUAAUGUAUAUAUUUGCUGAUUUUUUACAGAGCGGGAAAUGAAUCUGCACUCUACGGGGAAUCUCCGCUAUGAAAGUUUUUCAAAAAUGAUUUAUCUUUUUCUUUUUUCUUUCAAUAUUGUAUUCACUAUGUUUACAUUUUCACAGUACAUCAUGUGCUUUGAAUGAUAGUAAUUAAUGACGUGGUACCUGUGAACCGGAUGUAAUUAUAUAAGCUGCAUUCUAACAGUUACCUGUACUGGUUGAUAAAGGCUAUUGAGCCGUAACGCAUACCUACCCUGUAUGCUAUGCAUGUUGCAUAAAUAAAUCUUUGAGAUUUCACAAGCAUCUGAGUGCCGGGACCCUUUCUUCUUUUCGAUUAUCGUUACAUUUGGUCCUCGGGCACCAACUACCUAUUGCUGUGCCGACCUUCUUGGGACUUUGUGAAUCUGACUGAGACUGAGCAGAAAAUACAGAGCAAUAUCAAGGUAGAAAACUAAAAAUAAAGGCAGGAGGGUGGUUUAUCAUGAUGGGGGCAGUAUAUAAAUUUAACAAGAUCAUGACAGGUACUCUUUAACCUAUUCACACUGUAAAAUUUUUGGGCGGAAUCCGCGCGCAGACAUUGCCGUCUAUGGAGACGACAAUUUCUGCACAGUCCUAGUGCCGACUGAUUCAGUCACCACUGGCCACACUCGGAAGAUCCGGCUGAAUUUUGUGCGGCUGGAACUUCCAAAGUGUGAAUCCGGCCUUAAUCUGGAGGAGGCCUUGGGAUAGUUGCAUAAAAACUGCAUUAAAUAGACUACAGGCCCUUUUACAUGAGUAGAUUAUUUGGUAGGAAUGCUUGUUCCCCAUAAUCGGCCGGCAAACAGUCGAUGUUGCCCAACCCGUGAUAAAUUGACCCAAAUAUAUAUAACUAAAAAUAUAAAGGCUCAUUAAAUGAGUGCCGAUCAUUGAGAUCUGCACUUGUUAUUGUGCUCCCGUCGGACCGUAUAAAAAGACUCUAACAAGAAGGUGGUGGAAGAUUCCUGUUAGUGAUUACAUUUCCACUUAUGUUACAUGAAAAUUGCUUCU